ACCUCACAAGCCGUCAGACGCUGAACAAGAAGGACAAAUUUGUUUCCUGCAUAUACAAAUCUUGCAGACACAAUGUCCGACGCUGAUUUUGAAUUGUCACUGGCAUUGGACAGCAUGACAUUUGGCACAGACUGCCCUGCCGAGGUUAAGGGAGAAGCCGUGAGUGAAGACGUGCGCAGCGACGACGCGGUGGAAGUGAAGGUGUCGCGGCGGCUGUGCAUGCGCCAAGUCGCCGACACCAUCAUCGCCCUGAAUAGGCUGAAGCAUAGGCAAAUGCUGAUGGGCACCAACUGCGUUGACAACAAGCUGCUGAUCGGCAUGAUGGAGAGUUUACUCGAGGACACAAUGUCCGACGCUGAUUUUGAAUUGUCACUGGCAUUGGACAGCAUGACAUUUGGCACAGACUGCCCUGCCGAGGUUAAGGGAGAAGCCGUGAGUGAAGACGUGCGCAGCGACGACGCAGUGGAAGUGAAGGUGUCGCGGCGGCCGUGCAUGCGCCAAGUCGCCGACACCAUCAUCGCCCUGAAUAGGUUGAAGCAUUGGCAAAUGCUGAUGGGCACCGACUGCGUUGACAACAAGCUGCUGAUCGGCAUGAUGGAGAGUUUACUCGAGGCUGGAGCCAUUCAAAGUCACCAGACCUUUGUCAGGGACAAAACAUACGUGUAUUCUGUAACCGACCGAGAGAAGAGGACGCUGGUCAGGGCAGACAAACUACAUGCUGAGGGCCGCCUGGCCAUGAGCGUACGGGACAAAGAGUACUACCAGACAAUCGUAAAAUUGAGUUUAUCAACAUACAUGGCUUUCUACUGCACUGGUAACCGAGGCCAAGUCGUCACCCUGGGGAUCGCCAAUACCAACAGCUACAUGUUCUGUUCUAUGGAGUCAGGAUCAGAAAGAGCUAUUCUGCGGUUGAAGCGUGUGGACCAGGACUUGACAGAAAUCGCUUCCCAGGAAGAGAAGGCGUCCUUCCUGUUCUUCAAGCGACGUGAAGGCUUAUCCAGAAUUACCUUCGAGUCGGUCAAGUUCAGAGGCUGGUACAUUUGCACGGAGCCAGCCUCCGAGCCAGCCUCCGAGCCAGCCUUCGAGGCACCUCUGGCGAUGUGCACCAUGCAGGAGCAGGGCAACCGCACGAUCACCUUCAUGCUCAGGCUAGAGUGAAUCGACCAAGCCUAUGGGCAUAUUUAAUUCAUAACCUCUCAGGUUCUUACACAUCAAGUUUAAGAUUGCUUAGAAGGUAGUGAAUGGGCCUGGGAUCACUGAUAUAAUGCAGUAAUGUUGCCUGUAACAUUCUCUGUUCCAGGGGAUAACACUUUGCUCUUAUAUUAUUUAUGCAUCAACGCCUGUAUAUCUCUAAGCAAGAACAUGGACAAUGUCCAAGAUUUUAACCCUCCUAUUAUGUUCAAAUUAACUAACAACUUUUAUGUUUGGGGUCAAUUUGACCCCACCAAUAUAAACCUGCAGAACAAAAUAGUAACUGAAAGUGUUACCGAAGUUUCUCUCUCAGCUACUUUAGGCCUUCCUACUGACCAUCUUAAUAGCCCAGUAAAUAAAACAUGGCUCCCCCCAUCCUCCCCUUAUACAUCAAGUAUUGAUUUUAUAUGACUAUUGUGAAGUAUGCAAAUGACUGUACAAUCUAACUCAUUAACCUAAAAUGGAAAACAAAAUAUGUUUUGGUGUUUGCAGGGCUUUAUGUUGGUAUUACGUGCUCAUUAAAAAAGAAAAAUAACAUUUGGAAAGAAACACACCUUUUAUUAUCAAGCAUAGUAACAUUUUAUGUUCGGGGUCAAUUUGACCCCAGGAAAAAAUAUAAAAAAUGUCAAACAUUUCAAAUGUUUAGGUUCAGAAAACACUUCAGAACAUCAAUAAGUAACAUAUGACAGUUAUUCAAUAAUGAAGAAACACCAAUAAAAAGUAAAUUAAUCACCAGAAUUGAAUUUUGAUCAAAAAUGAACAUAACACCUCAACUAGGUACCCAAAUCAGUUCUUCAUUCAGACGAGAUAGGUGCAAGUUUGGCAAGCUCCUGUUGAAAGCGUAUAAUGUGGGAGAAAACAUUAAAUGUCUCCAGAGACAUUGUGGCUGGAAAAAUUGCCCUACCAGUGUCAGCAUUCCAAAGUCUUGCUGUUGCUUCACCUUUUGACUUGUACACUCCUGCCAAAAUAAGCAACCCAAUAUAGGAUUGCUAUUGGGUCACGUCCAGCUCUUUCCAAUUGUCACCAUACACACGCCUCCCCUCUAAGUUUGUCAUCUCAAGAAUAUCCUUUUGCAUUGAUGGUGUUAUGAAGAGUUCAAAUGCAGACUUUAUGUCUUGUACAUGACUGCUAGCAUAUCUGGUGGGGCCUGGAACCAUUUUGAUGACAUUAGUAGCACUAAGUCUACCCUGUCUUUCAACUGGGGAUCUGGGCCAUAGUAGUCCAUUUUUGAAAGUGAACAUGUCAGUUCUUGGUGGUUGAGAGAUGAUGGGGGUUUCUUGGUGGUUGAGAGAUGACAGGGGUUUCUUGGUGGUUGAGAGAUGACGGGGGUUUCUUGGGGGUUGAGAGAUGACAGGAGGGUUUCUUGGUGGUUGAGAGAUGACGGGGUUUCUUGGGGGUUGAGAGAUGACAGGAGGGUUUCUUGGUGGUUGAGAAACAAAAGGAGGAUCAGAAUGUGGUAUCACAAAGGCUUCAUUCUCAUCAUCAGAGGAGGAUGCCACAUAGUCAGGGUCCUCCUCAACAUUAUCCUCAGUCUCAGACAUAUCCUCAUCUAAAUCAUUUUCACCUUCCAAGAUCUGUGACAGAACCUCAGUGGCAGAAAAUAUACGCCUCUGUCUGGUGGUCAUUUUCAAAAUCUUUAGUUGAGGCACAAAUGCAAAGAGAAAUGGUUUAGAGGGCUGUGUGUGCAGCCCUUAUUAUAAGUUUGCCCCCACCCCCAUGUUGCGAGAAUGAUCAGAGAUCUCGUGGGAACUAUGUUUUCUCUCUCUCUCUCUCUCUCUCUCUCGCACGCACACACACACACACACACACACACACAUACACAAAUUAAUGUGAAAGUGCCCUCGGCCAACACAACAAAAACAAGAUCAAAAUGAUGGUUUUAUAUAACAAUAGAGUUUGGGGUCAAAAUGACCUCAACAACACAGAUGCGUACAACGUGUGCGCAUCAGGACAUUGAAAAUAAUUUUUUAAGUUAAUUUCAUGUUUGCCAUGUUCUCCCCAUGAAGUUAGGAAAAGUCAUGAAAUAUCUAGCUGAAAAAAGUAUGGUAACCAUAUUUUUAGAGACAGUAAACAUAAUAGGAGGGUUAAAUAAUUUAGACAAAAUAUGGCAAAAUGUAAAUAUGUUUAUAUAAGAUUAAAGAUUAUUAUAAGAUUAAAUUGUGAAUUCAUAUUGAAUUCUUUAACUAAAAUAAUUCUUAUUUUACUUUGUAUUUUUUUGAUUAAUAUUAAUUUUAUAUGCAUUGCUGUGAAAAAAUUAUGUAAUUACCAAUGACCAUUCAUAUGAGAGCUUCAGUAAUAACAUUUUAUUUACCUUCCCUUAAAUCUUGGAAAAUGAUUACAUUUUAAAACAAACUGUAUAUAUUCAUGUUCAUGUUUCCUCUACCUGUCCUGGUACAGAUUGGGUUAAAUAUGAAAUCAAAUCUGGUUUUAUGUGAUUUUUAUUUGAUUGAGUUGAUUUCAUAUUCCUCCCAAGCACCUCAGAUGUAUGUCAACCUGUCCAGCUGGAUCCACUGUUGGCUGAUCUUUGUAUCUUCAUCAGUAUUCUAAAGGAAUAAAUAUGAAAAAUACUACAA